CGUCCCUGAGCCCUGGCAGCUCCCGGCAAGCGGGAGCAGCGGGAACUUCAGCCGCUGCUUCCCGUGUCGCUGCCUGCGUGGGACUGAGUUAACGCAGGAAUGCCAGAAGACACAGUGUCACAACCACAGGCUGUACAUAGCCAACUUGAGAAGCCAUCAAGUACUGCAAUUCUUUGCAACAACUGUGGAAACCCAUGCAAAGGAGAAGUUUUGAGAGUUCAGAACAAAUAUUUCCAUAUUAAGUGCUUUGUUUGCAAAGCUUGUGGAUGUGACCUGGCUCAAGGAGGAUUUUUUGUGAGACAGGGAGACUACAUCUGUACUUUGGACUAUCAGAGACUCUAUGGCACACGGUGCUUCAGUUGUGAUGAAUUCAUUGAGGGAGAAGUGGUCUCAGCACUUGGCAAAACCUAUCACCCAGACUGUUUUGUGUGUGCUGUUUGCAGGUUGCCUUUUCCUGCAGGCGACAGGGUGACUUUUAAUGGCAAAGAAUGCAUCUGCCAGAAAUGUUCCCUUUCCCCUCCCAGUAGCAGUGGCACUUUCCCAGUACAGAAUUUGCGAAAUUGUGGGGGCUGUGGUUCAGAAAUAAAAAACGGGCAAUCGCUGGUCGCUUUGGACAAGCACUGGCAUUUGGGUUGUUUUAAGUGCAAUACGUGUGGCAAGCUACUGAAUGCAGAGUACAUCAGCAAAGAUGGCAUUCCAUACUGUGAAACGGACUAUCAUGCAAAGUUUGGUAUCAGAUGUGACAAUUGUGAAAAGUAUAUCACAGGAAGAGUGCUUGAGGCAGGAGAAAAGCAUUAUCAUCCAAGUUGCGCACGAUGUGUCAGGUGCAGUCAGAUGUUUGCAGAAGGAGAAGAAAUGUAUCUUCAAGGUACAUCCAUCUGGCAUCCAGUUUGUAGACAGGCUGCAAAGGCUGAAGAAAAAAACAAGGAAACUAGGACUUCCUCGGAGAGUAUCAUUUCUGUACCUGCUUCAAGUACAUCAGGUUCCCCAAGCCGUGUGAUCUAUGCAAAGCUUGGAGAUGAAAUUCUUGACUACAGGGAUUUGGCUGCUCUUCCUAAAAAUAAAGCCAUCUAUAACAUUGACCGCCCAGAUAUGAUCUCCUAUUCUCCAUAUAUCAGUUACUCUUCAGAUGACAGGCAUAGUUAUGGGGAGUCACCUCAGUUGCUCUCUCCAACACCUACUGAGGGUGACCAAGAUGAUAGAUCUUUCAAACAGUACAGGACAUCGAGUCCUAGUUCUACUGGCUCUGUGGGUUAUGGUCGCUACACUCCAACAUCCCAUUCUCCUCAGCAUUACAGCAGACCAGCUGGUACUCAGACUCUUGGUACCAGUAGCUGCAUCUCCCUGCCCCAACACCCAAGCCUUACAUCUACAUUCAGACAUCAUUACAUCCCUUUCUUCAAAGGCAGUGAAAGUGGUCGGAGCACUCCAAGUUUAUCCAUGUACUCAGACAGCAAAUCUUCACCUUCUGUCUAUCAGCAGGCUCCUAGGCAUUUCCAUAUUCCAGAAACGGGAGUAAAAGAUAACAUCUAUAGGAAACCUCCUAUCUACAAACAGCAUGCAGCAAGAAGAUCAGAAGGGGAGGAUGGAAGUYUGGAUCAAGACAGUAAGAAGCUGAAGACCAGUUGGCUUAUUCUGAAAGGGGAUGCGGACACCAGAACUAACUCGCCGGAUUCGGACACACGGUCGCUCUCUCUAACCCCUGGAGGGGACAGAGACAACUUCCAGAGGAUGCAGGAGAGCACAGCCACCACCACCACCACAUACUCCCGAUUUCCUUAUGCUAAAUCUACUUCUUUACCUGGCUAUGGAAAGAAUGGUUUACAUCAGCCUGAAAAUAUGGGCCCAUAUGAACCAGACCAGGAUGCCAGUUGGGGCAUGAAAGAAUACAAGGUAAGAGGAGCUUUUCCAGCUCUGGAAGAACAAUCAGAUUCAGCACUUCCUAGCAAGAUUUAUCCUUACGAAACACUUAUUGUAACAAACCGGGUUCGUGUGAAAUUGCCUAAGGAUGUGGACAGAACCAGACUGGAGAGGCAUUUGUCCCCUGAAGAGUUCCAGGAAGUCUUCAAAAUGAGCAUUGAGGAGUUUGAUCGUCUGGCACUUUGGAAGCGGAAUGACCUGAAGAAAAAGGCCCUGCUUUUCUAGCCCCUCCCAGAUAAAAUAUGUGCUUAAUCAAAACAAAAAAUAGUCUUGCCAGAACUAUCACAUGCACUUGCUGUUGAACCAUUGUCCAGCUUCAUUGUGUUAUUAUGUGUCGGGGGAAACGAAGGACAGAUUAGAUGGCAGAGCAUUGGAGUACAGAGAAUUUGCUAAUCUUGCAUGACCAGCUGGUUUUGUCAGUAACUCCUGGUCCUACCCAGUUUACAACAUGCAAAUAGUUAGCUUUAAAUUUAUUGUCGCUUGCAGUUAUUGCUUGAUAAAGCAGGAGGUCUUGAAAGGAAGAGCAAAAAGUGUAGCUGUGACAAAGAAAAAUCAUCUAACAUUUUGUUUCAGUAAAUUUUACAACAGAGAUGCAAGUUUUACAAAGUCAAGCAAGUAAUGAACACAAAAUUCUCCAAGUGGGGAAUCACAUGCUAUUAAAAAUCUGGUAAAAGCCAAAGAAAAGCAUGUCAGCAAGCAAUUACUGUAACUGUUUUAAAUGUGGUACUUUUUAAGAAUGAAAGCAAAAC